CACAGAGAAGAUGAUCACGCAGUAAAUAUUAAUCUAAUCAGUUGAAAAAUAUAUAAACAAGCGUUUACUGCAAUAUGCAUCAGUAACAGCGAGAAACACUUUAGUUUAUUCUUAAUUAAUACCUUCAGUAGUAAACAGAUUGUGCAAUUGUUCACAUAAUAUAAUAUUGAUAAAAUUCCUUACAAUGGCGUUCUUUACAAGGUCCUGGAUUUUGGACCUUUUAAUUUUAGUGAUAGGACUGAUAGUCUUCACGUAUUUGUACAUGACGCGUAAAUUCAAGUACUGGAAAAAUCGCGGAGUUUUUGAGUUAACGCCUACUGCGUUUGUUGGAAAUUUCGGGGACUGUUUGAUGACCAAAAAGAACGCCGGCGAGUGGAUAAAAGAUAUGUACGAUAAAUGUUCUGGUCUGCCUUUUAUUGGAUUUUAUGUUUUUGAUCGACCGUGCUUGUUAAUACGCGACCCAAAACUGCUCAAGCAAAUAUUAGUGAAGGAUUUUAACGCUUUUAGCGAUAGAUUUGUCUCAGCAAGUCCUCAUGAUCGCAUCGGUGACGCAAAUUUGUUUAUUAUAAAAAAUCCCCAGUGGAAAUUAGUAAGAACUAAGCUGACCCCGAUUUACACUUCAGGAAAAGUCAAAAAAUUGUUCGAGCUGAUGGAUGUUGUCGGGGAUGAUCUGCUUACAUUGAUGGAGUCUGAAAAUUUGGAAGGAGAAGGAAAAGAAUUGGAAUUAAAAGACUUGUGUGCGAGAUUUACUACAGACAUGAUUGCAACAACCGCGUUUGGUAUCAGAGCUAACUGUCUCAAUGAUCCAAAAGCUGAGUUCCGAGAGUAUGGACGCAAAAUUCUUGAAACUUCUUUCAAGCGGAAUUUUGAGAUUCUCUCGAUAUUUUUUCUGCCCCAGUUUCUUACACUUUUUAAGAUCGAAUUUUUGCCGAGAGAGACUGCCGAUUUUUUGAGAAAUACUUUGUGGGAAGUUAUUAGGGAAAGAGAACGACAGAAUUUUCAGAGGGGAGAUUUAGUUGAUCUUUUGAUUGAGUUGCGCAAUAACAAAACUGAAAUAUUUAAAGAUGAAUUUGAUUUUGACGGAGAUAAUUUACUAGCCCAGGCUGUAGUAUUCUUCACCGCGGGUUUUGAAACAAGUUCAUCGGCUUUGAGCUUCACGUUGUACGAGAUAUCUCUUCAGUCAAAAAUUCAGGACCGAUUGCGUGCAGAAAUAAUAGAAGGACUUGAAAAAACAGAUGGAAAAGUCACCUACGACUUGGCUUCAAGCUUGCAGUAUUUAGAUAUGGUUAUCUCCGAAACACUGAGAAAAUAUCCUCCGCUGCCAGUAUUAGACCGCGUGGCCACGGAAGACUAUAAAAUUCCUGACUCAAAUCUCGUUCUCAAAAAAGGAACACCCAUUAUGGUUCCCAUGCUGGGCUUGCAUUACGACCCAGAGUACUUUCCAGAUCCUGAAGUUUACGACCCCGAGCGAUUUUCGGAAGCUAACAAGAAGAAAAUUCUACCUUGCACUUACUUACCUUUUGGAGAAGGUCCUCACAAUUGCAUCGGCAUGCGAAUUGGUAUGCUUCAAACGAAACUUGGUCUGAUUAAAUUAUUGUCUAAGUAUGAAUUCACUCCUUGUAAGAGAACUUUAAUACCAAUGCGUCUUAGUAAAAAAGCGUUGCUAGCAACCGCUGAUGGGGGUGUAUUUUUGCAAGUUAAAAAACUUUGAAUUAAUUCUUAUUAAUUUAAUUUAAUGAACAUAUUUAUUGUUUUUUAAUUUGUUAAAAUAGAAGAAAUUAUA